AUGGCUCAGGCUCUGCGCGCAUCUCGUCAGAGCGCCGACGACGUGGCGGCUGGAUUUUGGGUAUUCCGAGAUCCUCUUCCCGAACACGUGGGCGAGAUCACCUCGCUCAUGUCCGAGUUAUACGCUAUCAGCUCGUCCUUGUCCACCUUGGAGCAUCUAGCUGAAGAUCCCCGAAAUCGCCGGUAUUUUGAUUUAAUCAAACCCGAUUUGAAUGUGGUGCAAGCCAGUUUCACAUAUACAAUCGAGGAUAUCGGCGAUAUUUUCCGAGGUCUCGAUGGCCCGGAUGCUAGUCCAGCAAGAUACAAGCGCACAUGGGUAAUUAUGAGCCGGUUCUUUUGGGAUCAAUCAAACUAUACCCUGGCGACCCGCCUAGCCAAGUAUAAGACGGUCUUUAAAGAGUUCAAUGACUUGGUAAGAGAUGGUCACUACACCUCUUCACUUCUUGUGGGUCUCGUCAAUGGCUUCAAGACUUUACUCUCCACACAAGAUAGCCGGUUUGCUGCUCGCUUUGAAGGCAUGACCCUCCGCCCGAAUGACUCGCCUACCGGCUUCCGCGCGAGUACCCCGAGCCCGGUGUGGGAGCAUCCGGUGAGAGAACGCCCGCUGUGGGAGCGUCCGCAGAGAGAGCGUCCGGUGAGUGACCGGAACACACGACGGCGAAGGUCAUACGAGCGCCCUCGACCGCCGCAUAUGUCUCCUCCGCCGAUGUCGCCUUCCUCGGGGACUUCUUCGGAUUUCCCGCCGUCUGUACCGGAUAUCCCGCUCUCACCGCUUACUUCUACAUCUGCAACGACGACUACGACGACUACUAGCGACUCGACUAGCCCUGAUAUUAUCAAAGAGCACUGGGCCAAGGAUACAUUCGGGUCUAGUGGUACGAGCACUCCUCUGCCAUCUGUGAGAGAAAGAUCACACUGCCGCGGGGAACCUUAUCCAGGCAUUAAACAGUCAAUCAAAGACAAGGGCUUUGAGGAGCUCCUCCAAUUAUCCCUGAAUGACGAGACCGAUAUGCGCGUGUCCUUCUACCUAAGAAGAUCAGACUACCGCGUCCGCAUCCUUUGCAAAGAACCCCACCGGACAGGUCCUAGUGACUACUACUGCCUGCCGCUUAAUUUACUUGAGAUCUUGCGGGACGGCUCUUGUCUCCGACUAUGUAGGCGGCGGAAUCGCGGGACAGAGCUUGUGUUAUGGACGCAAUUGAAGUUCACCACAUUGGAAGAUCUGGUGCUAUUCCAUAACACAUUCCUUGCCUUGCGCUCCCAGGAUGCAGGCCACCCUAUCGCAGAAAUCUUAGACCAUGAGUUGGCACACGAACGUGAACUCUUUGGAGGCACAAUCAAGGAAGAUGGGUAUACACACGCGCUUCGCAUAUACAAAGACAGGGUGACAGGAGCUGUAAGACUCCAGUCAUCGGUCCACGAGGGCGAGAUGAAACACACACCUGUCUGGACUGCGUUUGUCACUCACAACCUCGGGAAACGGAGUUGGCUUAAGUCAUACGAUCCCCGAACGGUGAUCGUGCGUGAUAUCAAGCCCGUGAUAUUUAUGUCUAUGGAUGAUUAUAACCCCCCGCAGACAUCGCAGGGACAUCAUGUCCUGGCGUUCGAAAAACCUCGUGGUAAGUGCUUGGACGGAACCCGACCUCGAGUUAUUGUUAGACUGAUUGGACUUUGA